AUGAAAACCUACCUGCGGAGGCCGGCGGUGGCCGUGGUGCCGCUGCUCUUGAUCCACCUGGUGACGUUGCGAGCAGGCGGCGCGACCGCGGCGAAAUACCCGGGCGUCAAGCAUUCGGCUCCCGGCAAGAUAAUCCUGGAGGAGGUGAUCAUCAGCGGAAGCGGGAAUAACACUCGGAUAACCGCGAACGCGUUAGCGCAGGAGCCCUCGCAGCUCGGCCGCGAGAUCCUCUCGCUCCUGUCGAAGCGCGAAACAAACCAGCCGCGUGUGACCUCGGAUCAGGAAGUCGGCGAGUCGCGCGUCGUCCACGUCGAGGAUGACGAGGACGAGCUGGAGAGGCUGAAGCGCGUCGUGGCGAAGUACGAGCCGCAGAGGAUCGCCUCGAGGAUAGCCAAGAGGAAAAUCCUGGACGCGCCCGUCGAUAUUCACGAUACACCCGAGAUAAGCGAUAGGAUCGCGGGGUCGACGACGACGGGGUCGACAGCGGACCUCGAGGACACUUAUCACGAGGUAUUGCGCAACAUAUCUCGCGGGAUCUCCCAAUUGGCGGCGGGCAACGCCGGCAUGACGCUGAGCCCGUCGGCGAAGGGUUUGCGACAAGUCCCGAUCCCGGAAGUGACGAUUCGCACGGCGACCGGCGACGGUACGGAGAAGCCGUCGCACCUCGAUCCUCCCCUGUCAGCUUUGAAGAAGAAGAAGCUGUUGCUGAAGAAAUACACGCAACCGAAUCGUGCGACCGCGUCUCCUCCGCCGGAGUCGAAGCCCGACGAGGCGGCCGCUGGUACCGACGAGUCCGCCAAGGGGCAGUUCCACGUGGCGAACGGGAAGCCGAAGCUGAAGAACGGAUCGUCGACCGAGUCGUCGUCGUCGAAUACUUUCCCCGAGCCAACGGAGAAGUCGAAAAAAAGUGCGCAGGAGCGCCUACUACGCGUGCAGAACGCCUUCAACAGCCUUCAGCUGCCGUUGAAGUACAGCAAAGUGCCCCGACCGUUCUCCGCGGCCGCGACCGACCCUCCGCGAUUACUCCACGCGGCCAACUCCGCCGCGAAGAUCGCCACGUCGUACGGGAAGCCGAGCUCCUCUCCGGCGAGCGUCACGCGACAGAUCACUCAGCCCGCUCCGCCGGCCCAAGUCCUGCCGUUGGUCCUGCCGACCGACCUCUUCAGCGUGCCCCCUACGCGCCACUACGUCCCGAUAAAGCGCGCGAAUCGCGAGUUCAGCCAUUCCGACGGGAUCCACACGGCGGCGACGAGCUUCGGAAAUUCACCGGGGGCUGCGGGGAAGGAAGCUGCCGUCCUGGGGAGGCCGACGGAUCGCCCGGCGCCUUACACGAACGUGAUCGCCGCCGCGAAGGUCCCCGUGAAGGUAGCCGCUGACGGCCGCCCGGCACACGUCGUCAUCACGGAGAAUCCCGCGGGAAGUGCUUCGACGACUUACAUCCCCAGCCCGUCGCAUAUCCUGCAGCGACGCAAGGAGCCGCAGGACGUCGCUCCCAGGACGGGGGACACCCUCGGAGUCGCCUACGACGGCGGGUCUGAUCUGAACGCGAACCCCGGCAUCGCGUUGUACGACAAGUUCGCGAGCCUGUACUCGAUACCCACCGCCAACGUGCUGCCGAAGGCGGUCGCCCAGGAUUACAAGAGCUUCAAGCAGCCCUCUUCCGCUCUGCCCUACCCCGCGACCCCGAAGCCCAUCCCUCUGAAGCCCAUUUCGCCCUUGCCGAUCGUCCAGCCGCUCGCGCCCUAUUUCGACAGCAGCUUGUUACGUCACGCUGCCGCGGAACAGCUCGACAAGGGAGACGGCGAAGUGAGCGAACGUCCUCGCGUCUCCGACGAGGGCGACGUGGCCGACGGUAAGAGCGCUCUCGGGGCUCACCGAACUCAGAUCAACCACGGGACUUACGAGGUCCGCGAGGGCGCCAAGGCGACUCAGGAGAUUCGCGAGAAGGAGCAGCGGAAGCAGAACGACGAGGAUCCUUAUCGUCAGCGAACUCGCGACUAUGAGCGUACGGAGGAGUAUCAGGGACGUCGCGAUGAGAAGGAGGACGAUAGGUCCGAGGAUAUCCAGGCGGAGGAGGACGACGAGGAAGACGCGGGUGAAACGCGGGAGGGCGAAUACCAGAGCAAUAAUAGUCGGGCGAACAAAGAAGACGAAGACGAGAAGCGAGGUGAUCGGUUCGACAAGUACGGCCGAGAUGAUUCCGAGGAGGAGCUGCGGCGUAAGAAACAACGUUACAGCGUCGAGAGGUACGACGGUCCGGGAUACAACGGGGACGAGGAGAGCGCGGACGACGGGGAAUAUCGGCGAGAUCGCGGAAACGAGGAGCACGAGGACGCUUCCGAGGACGAGUUGGUGGUCGCUCGACGCUCCAAGGACCAGAGUGAGAAGCAGGGUGGGAAGUACCAGAAGAAACGGAUCGAGAAAGACGACAAGCGGAAGUAUUACAGUCACCUGACCAGCCCGCGAGCGGAUACUCAUCUUCGAGCGCAGCAGGAGGAAUACGACGAGACUAAUCCCAAGCAGGUCCGCGAAAAGUAUCAGCACCGGCAACGUGUCAAAGAUCAUCAGCGUGAUCCGGAGCAAGGUAACGGCGACAAGGGUCACGGUGACGAGGAGGGACGUGAUCACGUGCACGGCGAGACCAAGGAACACGCUCACAAGCACGAGGAGCAUCACGAUGACAAGAAGCACGGGGGAGACCACAAGUUCGAAGCGGGCGAAGGCGGGGAACACGAGAAAGAACAUCACAGCCAUGACGGAGAAAAAGGAGACAAGGGCUACAAAGUCUGGCAUGAGCAUGAGAAAGCGGCGAAAGGACACCAUGAUAAGGAGCACUCCAACAAGGAGUACGACGAGAAGGACGGUAAGGAGAAGAAACACGAAGAAGAGGGUGGGUACCACGAGGAGCAUCAUCACGGUGAAAAGGGGGAGAAGGCGGCCGAGUUCGACGAAAAGGGCGAACAUCAGAAGGGGCACAGCACGAAGGGCGAGCACUCGGUGCACAAGAAGGAUGAAUACGAGAAGAAGACGGAAUUCUUCGACGAGUUCCACGAGGACGGCGGCUCGGAGAAGCACGGCGAACACCAUCACGGGCACGAGUCGAAGAAGGGCGGCCACGAGAAGAAGGCGCAUCAUGACGCCGCGGAUCACGAGGAGAAACACGGCAAGAAGCACAAGUACGAGAAGGGCGGCCACCAUCACGAGCACAAGGGCCAUAAAGUCCACGAGGGCCACGAUCAUCAUUACGAUCACGGUCACAAGCAUGGCGAGAAGGGGGGCCACGAGCGCGGCAAGAAGUGGAGCUUCAAGAAGGGCGGCGACGGCGGUCACAAACACGAACGUUGA